UCCUAUUCUUUUUCAUAUCAUUAAGGAGUUACCUAAAGCAGUCAGUCCUUUCAGUUACAUAAAAAAUGGCACAUUGUUGGAAAGGAGAUCUAAAUCCCAAUGAAUCACAUGAACAGCAUGACUAUCAAGAAUUUCACUCUGCAAAUCAACUCCUUUUUCCUAGCCAAAUCAGUCUUGGUUUUGAACAACUAGCACAUGAGGUCAGUAGUACAAUUCCAUUUUAUAAGAAUGAAACUGAAGAAAACAUCUUUUUUGUGUCCAGAUCGCCAAGACAGGACUCAAAAGGACAUUCACUAGGUGAAAUACACCAAACAGCUACGAAUGAAUUCACUUCAAUAAGCCCAGAAGUCUCCUGUCACCAAAUUAGGAAAACACCUGUAAUUGGUUUUAGGCCUUCUGUGCUACCAAAUACCCAAAGCAUGAAUAAAGAAAGCUGUUGGAGAAAUCCCACAGGAAGGCGUCACAGUGCUGAAGAUUACAGAUUCAACCUUUUAGCUCCAUCAUCCAUUAGUUUGAAAAAAAUUAUCUCACAGAGAGAACAGGAAAAUGAAAAUCAUAACUACCAUAUAGGAUUUGAAAGUAGCAUUCCUUCUAUAUAUCCACCCUUCUCUGUUGACUUCAUGCCAAAAGAAGACAAGACAAGUAGUGGAAGGAAAAACACAGUGGAAUCUUCUGUGAUGUGCUCUAAAGGUUCUCUGUUACCCAGGACAUGGGAAAGCAUAGAGCCAUAUAAUGCAGAGUUUAUAGGGUGUUCCAUUCAACUAGUCGAAGUACCUCAAGGCAGUAGUAAGAGUCUGGUCUCCUUCUGUGACAAUGUAAAAAAAGUAAGAGAAACAUACCAUGCAACCGACAUUAAAACCAAUUCGGGGAAGAUCUGGAGCACUAUUACAGCAUUUCCACAUCAGCUCUUCUCUAAUACUAAGCUUAAUGUAAAUAUUUUCACUGAUAAUUCAACACAAGUACUUCAUUUUAUGCCACAAGCUAAUUAUCCUGUCAAAGACCUAAUUUCGGAAAUUCUGCACUUUUGUACAAAUGACCAAUUAUCCCCCAAAGAUCAUCUUCUCAGUGUAUGUGGCUGUGAAGAGUUUUUACAGAAUGAUCACUCUUUGGGAAGUCACAAAAUAUUUCAGAAAGAUAAAUCUGUUAUUCAGCUUCACUUGCAGAAAAAUAGGGAAGCUCCAGGAAAAUUAUCUCGAAAGAAUGAAGAUGACCACAAUCAGUUUCAUCUGAACCAACUUCUAGAGUUUAUGCAUAUUUGGAAAGCAUCCAGAAAGUGCCUCUCAACAGCAAUCCAAAAAUAUAACUUCCACCUGAAAUGUCUAUUGGAAAUCCAGAAAAACGUGGAUUAUAUUUUUGAAGAUGUUAAAAAUAUAUGCAAUGUUCUGGGGUGUGUGGAAACUAAACAAAUCACAGAUGCUGUACAUGAAUUAAAUCUAAUUCUUCAGAGAAAAGCAGAGAAAUUCUAUCAAAAUCCAGAGCUGUCACUGAAAGGCUUAAUAAAGAAAGUGACAAUGGAACUGUCCAGAUCCAUCUACCAGUUAAUUGAUAUGUAUUGCAGCAGUUUUUGUGCAGAUUUCCAGCCUCGAUAUGCACCUGCUAGUAUCUCCUAUGUAAAUCCUGGCCUCCAUUCCCACCUCAGCUUCACAGUGUAUGCAGCUCACAACAUUCCAGAGACCUGGAUGCACAGCUAUAAAGCAUUUUCAUUUUCAUGUUGGCUUACAUAUGCUGGAAAAAAACUGUGCCAAGUAAGAAACCGAAGAAACAUUCCAGUCAAAAAAUUAUUCUUUUUCUUGGUCAACUGGAAUGAAACGAUCAACUUUCCUCUUGAAUUAAAGUCACUUCCAAGGGAAUCCAUGCUGACAAUAAAACUGUUUGGAAUUAUCUGUGCAACCAACAAUGCAGAUUUAUUGGCCUGGACCUGUUUCCCAUUGUUUCCAAAGGACAAAUCUAUCCUUGGGUCAAUGCUAUUCAGCAUGACAUUUCUGAGUGAGCCCCCCAGUGAAAUAAUAGCUCCAGGCGUGUGGGAUGUAAGUCAGCCAUCCCCAGUGACCCUGCAGAUUGAUUUUCCAACAACUGAGUGGGAAUAUGUUAACCUUGAUUCUGAAGAAAAUAAAAACAAUAUGGAAGAACCACCAAAAGAGUGUUUAAAACAUAUUGCCAAACUUUCACAGAAACAGUCUCCAAUAUUACUCUCUGAGGAAAAGAGAAGAUACUUGUGGUAUUAUCGUUUCUACUGUAAUGAUGAGAACUGUUCCCUUCCUUUGAUCCUGGGUAGUGCCCCAGGAUGGGAUGAAAGAACAAUUUUGGAAAUGCACACCAUUUUGAAAAGAUGGAAAUUCUCUCACCCUUUGGAAGCACUUGGGCUUUUGACCUCCAGUUUUCCAGAUCAAGAAAUUCGUAAAGUGGCAGUUCAACAAUUAGACAACCUAUUGAAUGAUGAACUACUAGAAUAUCUCCCACAGCUGGUUCAGGCAUUUAAGUUUGAGUGGAACCUGGAAAGUCCUCUGGUGCAACUCCUAUUACAUCGUUCAUUGCAGAGCCUCCAGAUAGCCCAUCGUCUUUACUGGCUGCUAAAGGAUGCACAGAAUGAAACUUAUUUUAAAAGCUGGUAUCAGAAGCUGUUGGCCGCUCUCCAAUUCUGUGCAGGAAAAGCCUUAAGCGAUGAAUUUUCCAAGGAGAAGAAACUUAUCAAAAUUCUGGGAGACAUUGGGGAAAAAGUCAAGUCAUCCAUUGACCCUCAAAGACAGGCGGUACUGAAGAAAGAGAUCGGUAGACUAGAAGAAUUUUUCCAGUAUAUUAAUACCUGCCACCUUCCUCUGAACCCUGCCUUCUGCAUAAAGGGGAUUGAUCGUGAUGCAUGUUCAUAUUUUACAUCCAAUGCUCUACCGUUGAAGAUUACUUUCAUCAAUGCAAAUCCAAUGGGCAAAAACAUCAGUGUUAUUUUUAAGGCCGGUGAUGAUCUUCGUCAGGAUAUGCUUGUUCUACAGAUUGUUCAAGUGAUGGACAAUAUUUGGCUACAAGAGGGCCUCGACAUGCAAAUGAUCACUUAUAGGUGUCUAUCCACAGGAAAAGACCAAGGAUUGGUGGAGAUGGUGCCUGACGCUGUUACCCUAGCAAAGAUUCAUCGCCAUUCUGGACUGAUAGGUCCAUUGAAAGAAAAUACAAUCAAAAAGUGGUUCAGUCACCAUAACCAUUUAAAGGUGGAUUAUGAAAAGGCCUGGAGGAACUUUUUCUAUUCCUGUGCUGGCUGGUGUGUGGUAACAUUCAUCUUGGGAGUCUGUGACCGUCACAAUGACAAUAUCAUGCUGACAAAGUCAGGCCACAUGUUUCAUAUUGACUUUGGAAAAUUCUUGGGCCAUGCACAAACAUUUGGAGGGAUAAAAAGGGACCGAGCCCCUUUUAUUUUUACGUCAGAGAUGGAGUAUUUCAUUACAGAAGGUGGGAAAAAACCACAGCAUUUCCAAGAUUUUGUGGAGCUCUGUUGUCGAGCUUAUAACAUUGUCAGAAAGCACAGCCAACUGCUCUUGAACCUGCUGGAAAUGAUGCUACAUGCAGGGUUACCUGAGCUAAAUGGAAUCCAGGACCUGAAAUAUGUGUAUAAUAAUCUUCGGCCACAAGACACAGACCUGGAAGCAACAAGUUAUUUUACCAAGAAGAUAAAAGAAAGUCUGGAGUGUUUCCCUGUUAAAUUAAACAAUUUGAUCCACAUACUGGCUCAAAUGACAGCCAUCAGCCAUGCCAAAUCUACUUCACAGAACUUUCCUCAGGAAUCCUUUACACCGAGUGCAACCAGGUCAAUUCUAAAAGCAACAAUUUUAGGGCUCAGCAAGAAAAACAGUCAUCUGUAUCUUAUCCAGGUGACACACAGCAACAAUGAAAGAAGUUUGACAGAAAAAUCAUUUGACCAGUUUUCCAAAUUUCACAGCCAGCUUCACAAGCAAUUUGCAUCUUUGAUUCUCCCAGAGUUUCCUCAUUGGUGGCACUUACCUUUUACAAAUUCAGAUCACAAAAGAUUCAGAGAUCUAAACCGUUACAUGGAACAGAUUUUAAAUGGAUCAUUUGAAGUUGCAAACAGUGAUUAUGUACUUAGUUUUUUUCUCUCUGAGCCUCUGCAACAAACAAUUGAAUUACCACCUGUGGACCUAGGUGAGAAGUUGCCUGACAAGAAGCCUAAAGUGCAAUUAGUCAUAUCAUAUGCGGAUAAGAAGCUGAUCAUUCUAGUGAAACACAUGAAAAACAUUCAUCUCCCAGAUGGCUCUGCGCCCAGUGCACAUGUUGAAUUUUAUCUUUUACCACAUCCCAGCGAAGUUCGGAGGAGGAAAACAAAAUCUGUUCCAAAAUGUACUGACCCCACUUACAAUGAAAUUGUGGUAUAUGAUGCAGUCACAGAGCUCCAAGGACAUGUCUUAAUGAUAAUUGUAAAAAGCAAAUCUACAUUUGUGGGAGCAAUUAACAUCCAACUCUGCAGUGUAUUGCUCAAUGAAGAAAAAUGGUAUCCUCUAGGAAACAGUAUAAUUUGACCAUUGCUAUGAACAUAUACAUUAUUCAUUAAAUACUUGUAUUUUUUUUUUCCACUCUGGGCUUCCCUGUCACAUGAGCAGGACCUUUUUUUGUUAAAGAUAACAGUAUACUAAAGAAACAAGAAAAGGAAAUCAGAAUCAAUCAUUCAUAGUUAAUUGUUC